AAUAUGGUGUGUGGAGACUGUGAGAAGAAACUUACAAAAAUCGUCGGAGUUGAUCCUUACCGAAAUAAAAAAGUUAAUCGAAACGCUGAUGGAAGUGGCCCAAAAACAGUAACUACAAAAAAUCGUCUGAUUGGAGUUCAGAAAAAAGCGACUAUUGUGGGAGCCAAAUGCAAAUUGUGUAAAAUGCUGAUUCAUCAGCCUGGCAGUCACUAUUGUUCGACGUGUGCUUAUCAAAAAGGGAUCUGUGCAAUGUGCGGAAAGAAAAUUCAAAAUACGAAAGGUCUUCGUCAAAGCACAACAUAGCCUUCGAUUAUCUGUAUCCUUUCUCCACAAAUCUACUAAAUCUGAUCUCUGGUUUGUUACAUGAUUAUUUUUCCUCUGUAUAUUUUUUUGCUCAUACAUUCAGAAUAUAAUUCCAAAUCAUUUUCAUUCCAAAAACUAAUAAAUAUUCAAUUUCGUUU